GUGUGCGGCGUGUUUAGUGUGGUGGUCACUGUAACCCAUCCGCUGCGAUUGGCAUGGAUUUGUCUUUCACUGGUAGCCUGGUAACAUAUACUCCCAGGUCUUUCUCUGCCUCUGUGGUGGAUAGUGGAGUGUUUCCCAUGUGGUAUUGGUGUGCUGGAUAUCCCUUCACUGGUAGCCUGGUAACAUAUACUCCCAGGUCUUUCUCUGCCUCUGUGGUGGAUAGUGGAGUGUUUCCCAUGUGGUAUUGGUAUGCUGGAUAUCCCUUCACUGGUAGCCUGGUAACAUACACUCCCAGGUCUUUCUCUGCCUCUGUGGUGGAUAGUGGAGUGUUUCCCAUGUGGUAUUGGUAUGCUGGAUAUCCCUUUACUGGUAGCCUGGUAACAUACACUCCCAGGUCUUUCUCUGCCUCUGUGGUGGAUAGUGGAGUGUUUCCCAUGUGGUAUUGGUGUGCUGGAUAUCCCUUCACUGGUAGCCUGGUAACAUACACUCCCAGGUCUUUCUCUGCCUCUGUGGUGAAUAGUGGAGUGUUUCCCAUGUGGUAUUGGUGUGCUGGAUAUCCCUUCACUGGUAGCCUGGUAACAUACACUCCCAGGUCUUUCUCUGCCUCUGUGGUGGAUAGUGGAGUGUUUCCCAUGUGGUAUUGGUGUGCUGGAUAUCCCUUCACUGGUAGCCUGGUAACAUACACUCCCAGGUCUUUCUCUGCCUCUGUGGUGGAUAGUGGAGUGUUUCCCAUGUGGUAUUGGUAUGCUGGAUAUCCCUUCACUGGUAGCCUGGUAACAUACACUCCCAGAUCUUUCUCUGCCUCUGUGGUGGAUAGUGGAGUGUUUCCCAUGUGGUAUCGGUGGGCUGGAUAUCCCCUCCCAAGGUGCAGGCCUUCACAUUUUUCUUCACUGAACUGUAGCAGCCACUUUUUGCUCCACUCCUGUAGCUUGGUGAUGUCUUCUGGUAGGAAAUCCGCAGUCAAGGGGUUAAGGACUCCCCGCUGGUAUAACACGCGGUACUUGUAACAUGCAGGUCCCAUGGGCGGGAAUCGAACCGGGGUCAGCAGUUACGUGGGCGGGGACGGGACCAUCGGGGCGUAACACACAAACACUUAGCCUGGGAUGCAUGGGAAUCGAACCCAGUCCAGCAGAUACGGGGACAGUGUGUUCUGGCGAAGGGGUCCCGCCGCCAACACACGGAGCAGCGGACGGGCAGAGAAUGGUGCUGGCCAGGCGAAGGGCUCCGUCAAACUGAAGACAGGGGUUGGGCGCGGUUGUCUCGGGAGCUUCUCUU